CAAGUCCUCGUCCGCGUGCGGCGGCCCAACUGGCAUUUCAAGAUCUCCAAUCCUUUGAACCGCCUUUACAGUCAAAGCGAUUACGCGACCGUCAAGACUGCCCACCGCAUGGCACCCAAGUUCAUCCCAGACGCGUGGAGGAUGGAGGCACGUUCAUGGCCAUACGCAGAUGUCUCGUUCUUAAUGGAUCAUGCCGGUGGCUCCCUUCCUCGUCACCUCCGGACAUAUGCUGAAGGGUACGAUGAACUCAAAUAUCGCACCACCGUCCGCGAUCUUGCCUCGCUCUCCGUCUCGCUCUCGUCGCAAUCAUUCGAGGGCAUUGGCUCCCUGUACCCGUCCACGACGGCACCGGACAGCGAGCCCCUCCAAGUACAAGUCGGCCCUCUGCUCUCAUUUGAGCCACAGCUCCGCUCGUCUCCCCCACUUGGGCCAUUCAAGACCAACCGUGAGGCCAAGACCGCCAAGAUCGACUGGCUGCUGCACCUCAUCGAGAAGCACCGCCUCGGGUGGCUUCCUCCUUCUGGACGUCAUCCCAACCCACAACCCGUUUUGUGGUACCUGACUCUUCUGGAGGUACGCGUACUUGUCCAAGGGUGUGAAGAAAUGGGGCGGUCGGGACCUACGUACCUCCGACACGGAGACCAAAAUAUCGGCUGCAUCCUCACACAUGAGGACGGGAGCCUUGCAGGCAUGGUCGACUGGGAGUUCGCAUACACAUGCCCGCUCGAAGAGGCGUUCGCCACACCCACCUUUCUUCUAGGCGGCUUUCGCGACUGGGGAUCGAAUGACCUGGGAAACCAGGAUAUCUUUAUCAAGGAGUUUGAGUCUCUGGGACGCCACGACCUGGCGAGCGCAGUCAGAGGCUGUAUGAAGUACAACCGUCUCAGCGAGCUCCUCUGGGACGGCUGCAAAUCGCCCAUGACACUCGACGGGCUGCUGGGAAUGGAAGAGGCCUUCAUGGGGACCCUGGACAACCCGCCGACAACUCUUGAGGAGUGGGAGACACGGGCCCGACACAGGCACCGUGACAACGAGAAACUCAAGAAGGUGGAAGAGGACUGGAAGAAUCACUUGGCGGAGCUUGAGGCUACCAAAGUGGCAGAGGAGCUUAAAGGUGCUAAAGCGGUAGCGGAGCCUGAGGCCACCACAACGGCAGAAGGCUCACCAGCUACCGGCACAAGCUCCAUCCCAGGGGGCCAUUAG